AUGGGACUAAAAGAUUAUUUACCGAACUUCCAAGCGGCUCUGACUGGCUUUUAUCAAGAGCAAUUAAAAAACACUGUGGAAAGCAAAACUGCCGAAUUUAAGCAAUUACUGCAAGCCAAUAUUGCUUAUGGUCAAGCAACUCAACAAGCUCUGGUGGCCAUUGCCCUCG